UCCGAGUUGGCAGUUGAGAUUAAACGGACUUCUCCCUCCUGGCCAGCCCCGGGUGGGGUGAAGACACUUGUCAGAAAGGUGCCAGAGGAUCCAGCGAAGGUCAGCUCUGUGCACUUCUCUGGAGCCGCCUGCCACCAGCCAAACCGCCCUCUUCAUGGAAAGCCCCGAGCAGCGGCCCCCUGGUGAUGGCAUCCGACAGUGACGUGAAGAUGCUGCUGAACUUUGUGAACCUGGCGUCCAGUGACAUCAAGGCGGCCCUGGACAAGUCCGCGCCGUGCCGCCGCUCCGUGGACCACCGCAAGUACCUGCAGAAGCAGCUCAAACGCUUCUCCCAGAAGUACUCCCGGCUCCCUCGGGGCCUCCCCGGCAGAGGCGCUGAGCCUCACCUGAAAAGGGGCCCUGAGGACCGGCCUGGGAGGCUGCCCCUCCACUCUGGCCCCGACUCCAGCCCCAGUGGGGGUGGGGGCUGCCAGGAGAAGGCUCUGGGGAACCCCUACGGGGAGGAAUGUCUCUCUAAGGAGCAGACCCUGCAGGGGCAGAAUCCAGAAGCUGCCAGGCCUGGCCAGGUGCCCAUGAGGAAAAGACAGCUGCCCGCUUCCUUCUGGGAGGAGCCGAGGCCCACCCACAGCUACCCCGUGGGGCUGGAGGGGGCACUGGGCCCUAGGGAGGGACCUCCCUAUGAGGGUAAGAAAUGUUGCCAGGGCUUGGAGCCCUUGGGGUCUGAGACAGUCCCGGGGCCCCUGUCCCCGAGGGCACUGGCUGACAAGGAGCCACUCAAGAUGCCUGGGGUCUCCCUGGUGGGCCGAGUCAAUGCCUGGAGCUGCUGCCCCUUCCAGUACCAUGGACAGCCCAUCUACCCGGGCCCUCCCGGGGCCCUGCCACAGAGCCCGGUCCCCAGCCUGGGCCUGUGGAGGAAAAGCGCGGCGCCCCCCGCGGAGCUGGCCCACUUCUGCAAGGGCAUGGACGGCCUGGGGCAGAAAGUGCACAGACCCGUGGUUCUGAAGCCCAUCCCCACCAAGCCGGCCGUGCCCCCGCCCAUCUUCAAUGUCUUCGGCUACCUCUAGCCGGGCUGUGGGGAGCCUGGGCACCCACCUCUGGCCCACAGGGUGCUGGGGCCCCGAAGCUCCCCUUGUGGGGAGCGGGCUAGGCAGCGGUGUGGCCCCUCAGAGAGCUUCCUUGGCGCGGACGGGCGGGCAGGGCAGGAGCGGGCCGGGCCUUCUCAGGAAGUCCCGAGUCUGCCUUGCAGCCUGGGGCGCUGUGGGGCAGGGCUCGACGGCCCCUCCCAGCCUCCUCAACCCAGCAGAUCCCCCUGUGGUCCCCGCGCCGACCUCAGGGGACGGGGCCUCGCCCCGAGCCGCGCGUCUGUCCACCUGCCGCCCACCGUGUACGCCGACCUCAGUUGCUGUUCUUUUUUGUUCUUUGUAAAUAUUAAGAAGUUAAAAGAAUAAAGACAUUUCUUUUGCAGU